AUGACAGAUGAUUCAACACGUGUUCCUCUUGGAGAAAACAAGGACUACAUCAAUGCUAGCUAUAUUAGAAUAGUCAAUUCUGGAGAAGAGUAUUUUUAUAUUGCUUCACAAGGACCACUGCCAAGUACCACAGAUGACUUUUGGCAAAUGGUUUUAGAGAAUAACUCUAAUGUUAUUGUUAUGAUAACCAGAGAGAUAGAAGGUGGAAUCAUCAAAUGCCACCAUUACUGGCCCAUUUCUAUGAAGAAGCCUAUGGAAUUGAAAAACUGUCGCAUCUUCCUGGAGAACUAUCAGAUACUUCAAUAUUUCAUCAUCCGAAUAUUUCAAGUUGUGAAGAAGUCUACAGGAAGUAGUCACUUUGUAAAACACUUGCAGUUCACCAGCUGGCCAGACCAUGGCACUCCUGCCUCGGUAGAUGGCUUCAUAAAGUACGUGCGUUACGUGAGGAAGAGCCACCUUACAGGACCUAUCGUUGUUCACUGCAGUGCUGGUGUGGGCCGGACGGGGGUGUUCCUCUGUGUGGAUGUUGUGUUCUGUGCCAUUGAAAAGAAUUGCUCUUUCAACAUCAAGAAUAUAGUGACCCAAAUGAGAGAACAGCGUUACGGCAUGAUUCAAACAAAGGAGCAGUAUUUCUUUUGUUAUAAAGUUGUGCUUGAAGUUCUUCAGAAGCUUCUGACUUUAGAUUAAGAAAGACUUCUGUUGCCUCACGUUUCAAAUUAUCAAGUGGCUUGGAGUCUUCUCACAAAGAACACGUUCUGGCUGUG